GUAAUUUAUGAAAAUACAAAUCAAACAUUUGAUUACAAUAAUAAAUUUAUAAUCAAAUUUUUAAAUUUAUUUAAGUAUUCUUAAUUUAUUUAGUCUAUUAAAUCACCAAAUAAGUAAAAACAAUCUUUUUAAUACAUAUAAGAACAAUACAUGUUCGAAUUUAAUUAUGAGAAGGGCAGCAAAGCGUAAAGUAAGCUACGUAAUAACACACAAUAAGGAUGAUCACGGUCAUUUACUAGGUAUAAACAGUUUAGCAUUAGAUACCACUACACUUAGCUCAUCCGGUAAACCGGAAGGAAUAUUAUAUAGUGCGGGAAGAGAUGGUGUGAUUAAUUCAUGGGAUUUACAUUUGCCUUUAAGGAAACAAAUUAUGCCAAGAUAUAGUAAUUUGAAUGGUAUUAAUAAAGCUGAAGAUGAUAAAGGUGAGAAGAAAGAGAAUGAUGACGAUGACGUACCUUUACAAAAAUUUAAUGACGAAAAGAAUUGGGAAAUUGAUGAAGAGGCAUUAAGUUCGCAACCAACACCAAAAUCAACAUUCCGACAAUCAUUUCAGAGUCAUACGGAUUGGGUAAAUGAUAUAAUACUAUGUCACAAUAAUGAAACAUUGAUAUCAUGUUCAUCAGACAGAACAAUGAAAUUAUGGCAUCCUCAUAAAACAUCGGCGCCACAUACAAUAGGAUAUCACACAGAUUACAUAAAAGCAUUGGCAUAUGCUUCAGGACCUGGAUGGGUAGCGAGCGGAGGAUUUGAUAGAAAAAUUGCUUUAUGGGAUGUUAAAGAAUGUAGACCGCUGUCAUCAUCAGGAUCAAGUGUUAGUAGUCUCGCAGGAUUUUCGGAAAAAGAGUUUCAACCUAUAGUUACAAUAGCUGAAAAUUCGCCUAAAUCUUCGAUAUACGCGCUGGCGUGUAAUCCAUCAGGAUCAGUUCUCGUAUCUGGGUCGCCCGAGAAGGUUAUUAAAGUAUGGGAUCCAAAAUCUGGUAAAAGAAUAACCAAAUUAUUAGGGCAUACAGAUAACAUUCGAGCAUUAUUAAUCAGUGACGAUGGAGAAUUAAUAUUAAGCGGCUCAUCAGAUACCACUAUAAAAUUGUGGUCACUAUCAAGACAAAGAUGUAUUAAUACAUUUACGAUACAUUCAGAUUCAGUGUGGUCAUUGUAUUCUGAUCAUCCCAGAUUAGAAGUAUUUUAUUCUGGGAGCAAAGAUGGACUGAUUACUCGUACAGAUUAUAGUGAGUGUGAGGAAAUCAGUGACGGAGAAUGUAUUGCCGUUUGCAAAGAAGAUGCUGGAGUUGUCAAGCUUGUUGCUUUUGAUAAUAAAUAUAUAUGGACGGCAACUUAUGAUUCAGGCAUUAAGCGAUGGCAAGAUAUACCAAUGAGAAAAAAUAGAAGAAAAAUUUCAAUAUCGUCGUCACCACCAACAUCAACAUCUACAUUAACAUCUUCCCAAAAUAUGUCACAAAUUCCAUCGUCAUCUUUAAUAAAAUUAACAUCAGCCGUAACAUCCUCACCUACUCAUACUACAUCAUUAUCGCCACCAAUAAUAGCAUCAGAUAGUGAAGUGGCAACUAUAUAUAGCGUAGCGAUGGAUGACCAUUACAUUGAUAUAGAUUAUGAAGAUCCAAUACCUGUUCGAGAAAAACCCGAUCAUAUAAUAAAAGGACAACAUGGAUUAAUUAAAUAUGUUAUGCUGAAUAAUCGUAGAAAUAUACUUACGUUAGAUAAUAGUGGUGAAGUUACUUUAUGGGACAUUAUAAAAUGUGUUAGAGUUAAAGUCUAUGGUAAAUGUAAUAUUGAUGAAAUUGCUCAAGAAAUCAAUACAACCGAAUCUAUACCAAAUUGGUGUUCCGUUGAUACAAGAAUUGGUGCGUUAACGGUGCAUUUAGAUGAAAGUAAAUGUUUUGAUGCAGAAAUGUAUGCGGAUGAAGCAGAUCUAUCAGAUGAUGUAGAAAUACGAGAUGAUCAGAGGAUUAAUCUUGGCAGAUGGGUAUUAAGAUAUUUAUUUGCAAAAUUUACUCAGGCAGAAAUACAAACAUAUGAAGAAAUACAACAACAACGACAAUUAAUGCAACAACAACGACAGGGAAAUAGUUUAUUUACAACACAAGUAAAUGUAAAUAUACCACCACAAGCAGCAACAUCAUCAACAUGUACAUCACCAACCACAACAAAUCCUAAUCCUAUUAGUGGUAAUAUUAAUCCACCAUUGCCACAAUCACCAACUACACCUUUAGCAGCAUUUACGACUGGUCCAUUUACUGCACCUGCAACAACAAAUUCACAACAAUCUGAUUACUUUAGUGGAUCACAUCAUUUAAAUUCUCCCGCUACUUCUCCAACCACUCCUCCUGGUAACCCCAGUAACAAAGUUGCCGAAGGAGAAAAUAACAAUAAUAAUGGAAACAAUACUGGCGCUUCUACUUCUGCUAGUAGUAGUGUUGUUACUACUACUAUACAACCACCACCACCUGCAUUUGUUAAUCAAAAUACUACUAAUAGUGUAUCUAUUAGUUUUAUGAAUAAAUUUAAACAUACAUUGAGGAGUGGUAAAAUUUCUAGAAAUGAUAGUAAUAAGCCGGAAGAAACUAGUAACAAUGGUGGAGGCAAUACAGGAAAUACUACUAGUAAUUCAAAAAAUUCGACUACUACUGGCAGUAAUGAAGCGAAACAACGACAAUCUCAAGAAGAAAAUAUUACUCAAAAACAACAAACAAUUGAUGAUACAGCCACAGCAAGUUUAUCAUCAUCACAAAAUAUACCAACACCAACACUAUAUCAUCAUCCACAUCAUCCACAUCAUUAUUAUCCAAUAAGACAAAUGCAUCCAUUAAUACAGCCACCAUUUGUCACAUACCCGGCUAAUGAAACUCCUGAAUUACAAUUACCACAACAUACUACCGUGAUAAUAAGCGAAGAAAGUCAUGAAGCUUCUACUAGUGUUGAUUUAUAUAGAGGUACUGUUGAAGAUAUGGAAAGAGAUGCUGAGAUUAUCGAACAAAAGGCUCCUACUUGGUUAAUCGAAUUUCUCAUUAAGAAUAAAAUACCGGCUAAAGAGCCCAUAAAAAUUAGCUUUAUAUUGAAGCCACAUGAAGGUUCGGAGUUAGACGAAUUACCAAAUGGCAAUGCUCGAUUAACAGCAAAUAGAAUGUUGAGAACAAGGAAAAUAUUAGCAUACAUAGUAGAAAAAUUAGAAUUAGAUCAACCGUCAACUUCACCUAUAAAUAAUAGUAAUUCGGUAACAGAAUCGGCUGCUACUAGUGAAUAUCUCGAAAAAUCUUUAAAUGAUAGUAAUGAAGCGAAUAAUAAUGAUCAGGAAGCAAAUAAUACAGGGCAAAUUGCUACUAAAGCUGAAGAAGAAAGAAAUAACGCUAUGAAACCUGAAUUAUGGUUAGAAUUAAUUUGCCAGGAUCAGGUGUUAUCUCCUACUAUGACAUUGGCUACUAUUAAAUCUCAUAUAUGGAAAUUUUCUGGUGAUUUAACUAUGACUUACAGAAUGAGAGUGAAGAGCGUUUAGCGCAUAAUGAGACAGAAAAAGAUGAGCUUAGUAUUAUUGUUAUUUAUAAAUUAAAUAAAUUAACUAAUAAAAUAGACUGUCAACCAUGUUUGCAAGGACACGGGUUAAAUAUUCAUUUUUUUUGUAGAAUAAAUAUUUUUAUUUAUUGUUGAAAUAAUAAUAUAAUAGUUUACCUGGAUAAUUUAAAAUAAUAAAUCAUUUUAUUUUUUAAAAUUGAUAUAUUACGUCUUGCUUAUUAACGGUUCGCCGCGGCAGUUAAUUGAUCGUGGGAGUCGUGAUAA